UAACACAGCUUGCUUUUCGCUUAGAAUAGUUUCCAUAUAUUAUUUAAUCCUGGAUGUAAGGCUAGUUACAACCCAAAAUGAUACUCUAAAAAUUGACAAAUUCAUCGAAAAAGUGCUUUUAUCAAGUAAAUUUAAUAAAGUGGCUGAAAUGAUUGCUGAGAAAACAAUAGAAGGAAUAAUUAAAUUACAAAAUAGUGCGUUUAACAAGGACAACACUCAAAAAACAGAAGCUACAAAUCAAAAUAACGAUGUUUAUAAAAUACGCAGAGAUAGUUUUACAUUAAUUAGUAAAGAGCAUGAAAAUAAUGUUAAUUCUAAUUCCUUGAGCGAUUUGACAUUAAAAUAUAAGAAACUUAUUGGCAAUAUCAAAAAAGAUCCCGCAAAAUUAGAAAUUUGGAGUGAAAAUGAAACUACAACAGAUACCAAAGACAAAGAUUCCAUAGCGAAAACAAAAGAUAAUCUUGAUAUAGAUGUUAAUGCAAAAGAUGAUAAUCCAGAAAUAAUAAUGAAUGAAACAGAAGAAAAGCAAAACGAUUCCGAUGAAAGUGAAAGUGGUGACGUCAUAGAAGAUGAAGAACAUGAAGCCAAAAAAAUAACAGAAAAAGAAAUUAUACAAACUGACGCAACGACACCUGAAGAUAUAUUUUCUAGCAAGCAAAAGGAUCUACAUGGAAAAAAGACAGUAAGAGAAGAAGGGGAUAAAAUGUUUGUUUUUCAAUCUUCCUCCGAAUACGAGGAGUAUCAUGAUAAAGUGAAUGAGGUUAUGAAAAGCGGACCAUGA